CAUUGACUUCCGGCGUCAUUUUGAGGCGAUACGCCUGGCGGCCUGAUAGUGUUUUCCUUGUCUUUUCUUACUCUCCAGUCUCCCGUCCUUCCUUUUUUCCUCCGUCCCAGGCUCACUUGACCCUGGCGAGGCGGCAGGCGGGUUCUGCUUCCCAGCCGUCCUGGGAGUCCCUCGCUAGCCGAGGACCGGUUCCCGGGAGCCGCGCGCGCACUUCUUUCUCCUCGUCGUCGUCCUCCCAGGGCCAGGCGCGGGGACGGAGAAUCGCCUCCCCCGCUCCUCGGAGCGGUGGCGGCCGUGCUGCCUCCGGAUUGCGCUUGCGAAAGGACCUCGAGGAGGAGUAGUACAAAAUGUCAAAAAUUAGAAGGAAGGUCACAGUGGAAAAUACCAAGACCAUAUCUGAUAGCACAUCCCGAAGACCCAGUGUAUUUGAGAGGCUUGGACCCAGCACUGGCAGUUCAGCAGAGACACAGUGCCGUAACUGGCUGAAGACUGGCAACUGCCUCUAUGGAAACACAUGUAGAUUCGUACAUGGCCCUUCACCCCGUGGUAAAGGUUAUAGCAGCAAUUAUAGAAGGUCACCAGAAAGACCUACAGGGGAUCUUAGAGAAAGAAUGAAGAACAAGCGCCAAGAUGUGGACACUGAGUCCCAGAAACGAAAUACAGAGGAGUCAUCCUCACCUGUUAGGAAAGAAUCUUCAAGAGGGAGACAUAGGGAAAAGGAAGACAUAAAAAUCACUAAGGAGAGAACUCCAGAAAGUGAAGAAGAAAAUGUAGAAUGGGAAACUAAUAGAGAUGAUUCUGACAAUGGAGAUAUUAAUUAUGAUUAUGUUCAUGAGUUGUCAUUGGAAAUGAAGCGUCAGAAGAUACAGAGGGAAUUAAUGAAGCUGGAACAAGAAAACAUGGAGAAAAGAGAAGAAAUUAUUAUUAAAAAGGAGGUUUCACCAGAAGUGGUUAGAUCAAAGUUAUCCCCGUCACCUUCUCUCCGAAAGUCUAGCAAAUCUCCAAAGCGAAAAUCAAGCCCUAAGUCAUCCUCUUCAGCGAGCAAGAAAGACAGGAAGACAACUGCAGUCUCUUCUCCCUUGCUGGACCAGCAGAGGUCAGUAAGGAAUUCAAAAAGCAACCAAAGUAAGAAGAAAGGACCUCGCACGCCUAGCCCACCCCCUCCUAUACAGGAAGAUAUUGCUCUAGGGAAAAAAUAUAAGGAAAAAUAUAAAGUAAAAGACAGGAUAGAAGAAAAACCAAGAGAUGGAAAGGACAGAGGGCGAGAUUUUGAAAGACAAAGAGAAAAAAGAGAUAAGCCAAGGUCUAGUUCCCCAGCAGGACAGCAUCAUUCUCCUAUAUCUUCUAGACAUCACUCAUCUUCCUCGCAGUCAGGCUCAUCUAUUCAAAGGCAUUCUCCUUCUCCUCGCCGGAAAAGAACUCCUUCUCCGUCUUAUCAGAGGACAAUAACGCCACCGUUACGCCGCUCGGCUUCUCCCUAUGCUUCCCACUCCCUGUCCUCUCCUCAGCGGAAGCAGAGUCCCCCACGGCAUCGCUCUCCACUGAGGGAGAAAGGGAGGCAUGACCACGAACGGACGUCACAGUCCCAUGAUCGGCGUCACGAGAGGAGGGAGGAGACUAGAGGCAAAAGGGAUAGAGAAAAGGAUGCACGAGAAGAACGAGAGUAUGAGCAGGAUCAGGGCUCUUCCAGAGACCACAGAGAUGACAGAGAACCUCGAGAGGGUCGGGAGCGGAGAGAUGCCAGAGAUACUAGAGACAGAAGGGAACUCAGAGACUCCAGAGACCUUCGGGACUCCAGGGAGAUGAGGGAUUAUAGCAGAGACAACAAGGAGAGCCGCGAUCCCAGAGACUCUCGGUCUGCUCGUGAUGCUCACGACUACAGGGACCGUGAAAGCCGAGACGCUCACCGGAAGGAGGAUGCUUAUCAGGAAGAGUCCCGGAGUUACGGCAGAAACCACUUGCGCGAAGAAAGUUCGCGCACUGACGUGAGGAACGAUUCCAGAAAUGAGUCUCGAAGUGAAAUGAGGAAUGACCGGAUGGGCAGAAGUAGGGGAAGAGGUCCAGAGUUACCUGAAAAGGGAAGUCGAGGCACGAGAGGGUCUCAAAUGGAUAGUCACAGUAGUAGUAGCAACUAUCAUGACAGCUGGGAAACUCGCAGUAGCUAUCCUGAAAGAGACAGAUACCCCGAAAGAGAAAACAGAGAGCAAGCAAGAGAUUCUUCCUUCGAAAGAAGACACGGGGAGAGAGAGCGUCGUGACAACAGAGAGAGAGCUCCUAUGUUCUACACCUCCUGCUGCCCCUAUCCUUUGCCACCAGUGUUCUCAGGUCCUGCUGGGGGGACAGAGAAGAUCAGAGAUCAAAGACCAAGCUCACCAAUUCGACAUCAGGGAAGGAAUGACGAGCUUGAGCGUGAUGAACGAAGAGAGGAACGAAGAGUAGACAGAGCGGAGGAUAGAAGAGACGAAAGGGCCAGGGAGAGGGAUCGGGAGCGAGAGCGCGAGCGCGAGCGGGAACGGGAGAGGGAUCGGGAGAGGGAGAAAGAGAGGGAGCUGGAGAGAGAGCGGGCUCGGGAACGGGAACGGGAGCGAGAAAGGGAGAAGGAGCGAGACCGCGACCGCGAGAGAGAUCGGGACCAUGACCGAGAGCGGGAGAGAGAGAGGGAGCGAGACAGGGAAAAAGAACGAGAGCGGGAGCGAGAGGAGCGGGAGCGGGAGAGGGAGCGGGAGCGGGAGCGGGAGCGAGCCAGAGAGAGGGAGAAAGAGCGCGACCGCCAGAGGGACUGGGAAGACAAAGACAAAGGCCGAGAGGAGCGCAGAGAGAAGCGGGACGAUGCCCGAGAAGACAGGAACCCCAGGGAUGGACACGAGGAGAGAAAGUCCAAGAAGCGCUAUAGAAACGAAGGCAGUCCUAGCCCUCGUCAGUCACCUAAGCGCCGGCGAGAACAUUCUCCUGACAGUGACACCUACAACAGCGGAGAUGAUAAGAAUGAAAAACACAGACUCUUGAGUCAGGUUGUUCGACCUCAAGAAUCUCGUUCUCUGAGCCCCUCUCACCUUACAGAGGACAGGCAGAGUCGAUGGAAAGAGGAGGAUCGAAAACCGGAGAGAAAAGAAAGUUCAAGGCGCUACGACGAUCAGGAGUUCAAAGAGAGAGUUUCUUCUGUAGAUAAGCAGAGAGAACAGAUCGAAAUCACAGAGAGCUCAAGGACUCGGGCCCAAGAUGUGCUAGGACACCACCUGUCUGAAGACCGAGACAUGUCUGAUCGAGCUCAUGAUGAAAACAAGAAAAAAGCCAAAAUUCAGAAGAAACCUCUUAAGAAAAAGAAAGAGGAUGAUGUUGGAAUAGACAGGGGUACCACAGAGACAGUGUCGGAGGACAGUCAAGUCUUUUCACCGAGAAAAGGCCAGAAGAAGAAAAGCAUUGAAAAAAAGCGUAAAAGGUCCAAAGGCGAUUCUGACCUUUCUGAUGAAGAGGCAGUCCAGCAGAGUAAGAGGAGGAGAGGCCCUCGGACCCCCCCUAUAACCUCCAAGGAGGAACUGGUGGAAAUUUCCAAUGAUAGGGAUGGCACUCUGGAGGAUGCUCAGAAGAAAGAAGAUACAGCGUUCAGUGACUGGUCUGAUGAGGAUGUGCCUGACCGGGCCGAGGGGGCGGAAGCAGAGCACGGGGCCACAGCUGCCACUCCUGCAAGGACUCCUUCCCCAUCGUCUCUCCCUCCUCCGCCCCCUCCUCUGGCUGCUACAACCCCAGCCGCUGGUGCUGCCACCACCAUGUCCACCUCUGCCACCCCCACCAGUACCACCAACACAGCCUUUGCCAGUGAAGACUCACACAGAAAAUGCCACAGAACACGAGCCGAGAAGGUAGAGGCACCUCAUGUGACCAUAGAAGAUGCCACACACCGCAAGCCAGUGGAUCAGAAGAGGAGCAGCAGCCUCGGCAGCAACCGGAGUAAUCGCAGUCACACAUCUGGCCGUCUGCGCUCCCCGUCCAGUGACUCUGCGCAUCGAAGUGGCGACGACCAGAGCGGUCGAAAGAGAGUCCUGCACAGCGGCUCAAGAGACAGAGAGAAGACGAAAAGUCUGGAAAUCGCAGGAGAGAGAAAAUCUAGGAUUGAUCAGCUGAAGCGUGGAGAACCCAGUCGAAGUACUUCUUCAGAUCGCCAGGAUUCAAGAAGCCAUAGUUCAAGAAGAAGUUCCCCCGAGUCGGAUCGACAGGUGCAUUCAAGAUCAGGGUCAUUUGAUAGCAGAGACAGGCUUCAAGAGCGUGAUCGUUAUGAGCAUGAGAGAGAGCGGGAGAGAGAGAGGAGAGAUGCAAGGCAGAGGGAGUGGGAGCGAGAUGCUGAUAAAGACUGGCCCCGGAACCGGGACCGAGAUCGACUGCGGGAACGGGAGAGAGAACGGGACAAAAGGAGAGACGUGGACAGGGAGAGAGAGAGACUGAUCUCUGAUUCCAUGGAAAGGGACAGGGACAGGGACAGGACUUUUGAGAGUCCUCAGAUAGAGUCCGUAAAACGCAGUGAAGCAAAACUGGAGAGUGAUCACGAAAGAGACCUAGAGGGCACCUCCAGAGACUCCACAGCGUCGGAUAAAGAAAGACUGGAUAAAGAUCUCGGGUUGGUGCCGGGAUUCGAAGAUGCAAGUAAAGCUGAGCGAACUGAGAGUGUGGAAGCAGGAGAUGACGAAUCUAAGUUAGACGAUGCACAUUCGUUAGGAUCUGGGGCUGGAGAAGGAUACGAGCCAAUUAGUGAUGAUGAACUAGAUGAAAUUCUGGCAGGUGAUGCCGAAAAGAGGGAGGACCAACAGGAUGAGGAGAAGAUGCCAGAUCCAUUAGAUGUGAUCGAUGUGGAUUGGUCUGGCCUUAUGCCAAAGCAUCCAAAAGAGCCACGAGAGCCUGGGGCUGCACUGUUAAAAUUCACACCUGGAGCUGUAAUGCUGAGAGUUGGGAUUUCUAAAAAGUUGGCUGGUUCUGAACUCUUCACCAAAGUCAAAGAAACGUGUCAGAGACUUUUAGAAAAACCCAAAGAUGCGGACAGUGUUUUUGAACAUGAGUUAGGGGCUCUCAACAUGGCAGCAUUACUACGAAAAGAGGAAAGAGCAAGUCUUCUUAGUGAUCUUGGACCAUGUUGUAAAGCAUUAUGCUUCAGACGGGAUUCUGCAAUCCGAAAGCAGCUUGUUAAAAAUGAGAAGGGCACUAUAAAACAAGCUUAUACAAAUGCUCCACUGGUAGACAAUGAGUUGUUAAGAUUGAGUCUUCGAUUAUUUAAGCGGAAGACUACGUGCCAUACUCCAGGACCUGAGAAGACUGAAGAUAAUAAACUCGCACAGUCCAGCAUCCAGCAGGAGCUCUGUGUGUCCUAAGACUGAAGUCCAGUGACGGCUGUGGUACUCUCUUCCUUCUGCAGCGCGUAUCCUUUUUCAGAGUUCUUUGGUUGGACAGGCGUUAUUAGUGACAAAAGGUAGAAAAGAUUUAUCAGCCAUGCUAGAAGAGUGACCAACUUGGAAGUUUAAAGACACUAAUUUCGACAAACUUAAGAUUUUCCUAAGUUUUUACACAGUACUUGACCCUCAUGCAAAAUAAUGUGAAAGCAUCUAGAUUUAGUAGUUUGUUUGGUACCUUUUGUUAAAACUGAAGAUUUUGAAAAUGGUCAUCCCUGCUCUGCCAGCCUACGCUGCAGAUUUUUUUAUGAACUGGAGCCACUGACUUACCUACCAGACGUCUCUACAGAAACUGCAGUUUUCUUCAGAAACAGGGUGUUCACCAAACAAACGCACAAGCUGUGCGGCACCGCCCUGCUCAAGACGGAGGCGGGUGCUGUGUGUCGGUAGGGCUCCCGAAGGAGUAAGCCACAGGCCUGUUCUAAAGUUCUAACAAAACUACUUGAGGGCUCUUUGGAUUCUGGUUUUUUUUUUUUUAAAUGUGUGUGUGUUGUUACAGUGUAUAUUGGAUAUAUUUUGAUUCUAAAUGGUUUUGUUAUCAGAGACUGUCUACUAGUUUUAUUUUUUAAUAAAUGUACCUUCCCGUU